AUGGCGACGCCUUUCGAGGACGGGUGGGCGCCGGCAGUGCACAGCCAGGUGCCGUACCCAGACAAGCGGUUCGCAGCGUGGGGGCCGCGGGGCUACAAGCUGAAGAACAAGCGCAAGCUCGAAGAGAUGGCGGACGCUAUGGACACCGACGAGCCCAGGGAGGCGAUCGCGCUGGGGCGGCCCGCGGCCGCCGUGAAGAAGGUCAAGCGGGACGUGACCGGGCUGUCCAAGGGGUCCAGCCGAGUUUGGAAAGCUCCCGGCACGCGGGUGGGUGCCAUGAAGGACGCCAAACUGGCGGUGUCCUGGGAGAAGAGGAUGAAGGACAAGGCAGAGAGGAAGGCCUUCACGGAGACAAUGGCCGAGAUGCGGAGGCAGCGGGGGGAGAGGCUGAAGGCCAUCAGGGAACAGAAAGAGGCCUCAAUAAAACGAAAGGAGGAGAACAGACGGAAGAGUGCAGUCGUGCAAAAGAUAUCAAACACCCAAAAACUAAAGAAAAUGAUGAAGAGCAAGAAGCAGCGAAAGACGCUGAUGAUGGCAGACACAAAUUGA